CAGUCUGCAGUCCGCAUAAGUCCGAACCACCCUGAACUUUAAAGUCUAUCGUUGCGAACCGCGAACAUCAUAAAAGCUUUACCAUUUGUUUCAUUGUACAAGUGUGUGGAAAUAAAGAACUCGAUCUCCUAUUUUGAGAUCGACAUUUUUUCUGUCAUUCGUUGAAUUAUUACGCGACACUAGCGUUGUCGAGAGAGUGUGGUCCUCGUGAGAGAGAGCGUUGGAUCCGUGGUGACGAGAGUGUAAAUUAACUAUUUAGUUGUCUAAAUUAUAGUACGUUGUUGUAUAUUUCUGCUUAAUCCAUUUAUUGUGAAUAAACCAAUUGUAGUAAAGAUGUUACGUUUGUGAAACGGCAAUUUCGUGAUUUCUUGUAUCAUUAUACCUGACAAAAUUGGCGAUCCCUGCCAGGAUCCAUUCAACGCAUCAAGAGGAAACUUCCGCGGGAACUCGAUGGAUUCUACAGCGAAGGACCACGGUCACCUUCUUGAUCAAAAGAAGGAUCCACGAAGAAUCUCGGUAAGCUGGCUGUCCUAGAUUGUCGAAACAGUAGAACCCGAAACACGUUCUGAAGAUAACGACUCUUGCCCUGCUGAAAGUGUCGUAUCUCUCAACAUGAAGCCAACUGACAAGAGUAUCGCAAAGCAAAAUGAACUAAUUGCUACUUUGAUUGGACAAUUUCAAUACCUAACUUACGAGUUUAUAAGCUUCAGAAAUAGUAACGAUGAAAACAUUGCAAAUAUAAAAGAAUUUAUAGAAACUAACUAUAGAAACUGCGCCAUAGAAGUACGUAAUCUUGCAAAAAUUAUGGAACUGAAAUACGACACCGAAACCGACCAGCCACAAAUGAGAAGCCAUUUAGAAACAGCUGCCGAUAACGUAACAGAUAACAAAACUGACGCUUUACGAAGACCACGAACUACGACUAGUAACAUUACAAUUAGUGCAAGAAAUGUCUGCGACGGAGAACGAGGCCUCCAAGCAGAAAAGGUCAUACGUGCUGUUGAGACACUACGGGGUCGAGACGACGUAGGUGUUGAAGACUUUAUCCUAUCAGUCCGCAAAGCACGAGCCAGGUGCAAGGCAAGUGAUAGAGAUAUACUAUUAGACCUUAUACUCGUGGAAAAGAUAACCGGCAACGCGAAGAGAAAUAUACGAUACCUGAAGAUUAACUCCUUUGAAGACUUAUAUUUGUGUCUAAGACAAUACGUAUCAGCACCAGCCACUAUCAGUUAUUGCAGGAACAAAUUGAAAAAUUUAAAGCAAGGAACAAGAGAAAGCGUACAAUCUUUCAACUCCAGAUUUCGACGACGGUUCAAUGAGUUAAAUUAUGCAGUUCAACACGAAUACCGCGUGCCGACUGAACGACGCGUAGCUUUGGAUAUUGAAGAACGCGAAGCAGUAAAGACAUAUUUGCUCAAUUUGCGAUACGAAGUGGGACAGAUGUUAUUAGCUAGCGAUCCGAGAAACCUGAACCUCGCCCAACAACUAGCAGCCGACAGAGAACAAUGUUUACGAGAAGCAAAUCGUGUUGUCAACUGCCCAAAGAAUCAAUUUGAUAACACUACGCCCGUAUCCAAACGAAACGCUACCGAUCCACAACCACGAGCUUUCAGCCAACCAUCAGGUGGUCGCAUGAAACUAAAAUGUUUCAAGUGUUCACGAAUCGGACACACAGUCGAGAUCUGCUACUCUCGAAAUUUUCCAUUCGCCAACCAAGGAAAGACCCCACCAUCAGUAAACCAAACGGAGAAUCCAGAAGAAACGUACCGGUUAACUCUACCGGAAGAUUAUUAUUAUCAAUCGUAUUGCAACGAAGAGACGGAGGAAGAGCCAGACUUCUCAUUGAUACCGGAGCUGGAAUAAACCUUAUAAAAGAAAAGGCUUCACUGAACGUCCAAACCUUCAGCCCAAAGAUUUUCCUAAUGGGAAAUGACAAACACCUCACCGACAAAAACGUCACUAACGAUAAAUUAACCCUGGACGAAAUUAUAUUACCAUUGCAGAACAUUAACAACAAGAUAGGACCAGCUCAAACUCCAACUUCAACUCAAUACAUUGAAGGAAAUCCCACGCCAAUAUGUUUUAUCAACACAGCUGGACAUUCGGUCACUGCAGAUAGAAAGUAAAAGUGCUGACGAGCCAGAAAGGAUGGGAAAUUCCAAUGGGCCAUGUGGCCCACCGAUAUGUCCGCAGUCCUUCAGAACUGAAGAAAAUAGUCACUUGGAAAAGGGCAGCUAAAAAAUUCUAUCAAAUGUCCAAAUUGGACAAAUUGUAAUUGUAAAGAAUUAAAUAAAAAAAGAAAAAAAACUUGGAAAAAGCGCACGUAACCAUUUUCGGUCAUGGACGGCUGCGAAACACGUGCGUAUGUUGUGAAUACGAAAACUGUGACAAAGGAAUGUUUUGGGGGAGAAAGUUAGUUGCGAGUUACUUGGGAGUUAGUUGCGAGUCAUGAGUUGUUAGUUGUCACUCAGAAAUUAACUAGUUGUACUAAUUUAAUUGUUUUAGUUGUAUUACACUACUACAUUAAGAAAUAGCUCUAAGUUAAAAACCGUAGUUUUCUGUAUCAAUCAUUGUAAAUAAAUCUAUAAAAUAAAUAAGUCACUAUA